CAUUGGUGGGCGACGCGGUGUGCCACCCAGCGGCAGCCAUUUCCAACGAGCUGGCGGGGGCGAAAGAUGGCGACGCCCGUAGGGUGGGCGCAGGGGGGGUCAGGGUCGGUGUGUCUCGCCUUCGACCAACUGCGGGACGUGAUUGAGUCUCAGGAGGAACUGAUCCAUCAGCUGAGGAACGUGAUGGUUCUCCAGGAUGAAAAUUUUGUCAGUAAAGAAGAGUUCCAGGCAGUGGAGAAGCAGUUGGCGGAAGAGAAAGCUGCUCAUGCCAAGACCAAGGUCCUCCUGGCCAAGGAAGAGGAGAAGUUGCAGUUUGCCCUUGGAGAGGUAGAGGUGCUGUCUAAACAGCUGGAGAAAGAGAAGCUGGCCUUUGAAAAGGCGCUCUCCAGUGUCAAGAGCAGAGCCCUGCAGGAGUCCAGCAAGAAGGACCAGCUCAUCACCAAGUGCAAUGGAAGAAGCCCAUGGGAUGGAACCGCCUCCUCCCUGCCUCUCUCCCCCACAGAAAUUGAGUCUCACAUUAUAAAGCAAGAAGAUAUACUUAAUGGCAAAGAGAAUGAGAUUAAGGAAUUGCAGCAAGUUAUCAGCCAACAGAAACAGAUCUUCAGCCGGCUCCUUGCAGGAAUCACAUGUCUGACUUCCGGAUCCAGAAGCAGCAGGAGAACUACAUGGCCCAGGUGCUAGACCAGAAGCAUAAGAAAGCCUCGGGGACAUGUCAGGCCCGGAGCCACCAGCGUCCCAGGGAAAAAUAAAAUAAUAAUUAUCUUUCCGUUA